AGUUUCCGGUCGGGACAUUCGACCAUUGAGUGUCUCCGCAGCGUUCAAUGCCAAAGGUCGGGUCUGUAGCUACGUCUUUUAACCUUUAUGUAGGGUGUAAUUGAUCCAUUGGCUCUUUGGACUUCUUCUCUUCCCUUCUCUACCUCUCGUCUGUCCAAUACUGUGCCCCUUUCUAGCCAUCUCUCAGUGAUACCAAACGUCCCACCACCAUCAUGGCGCAACGAGCACAGCAGAUCGCCGGCCACCUCAACUAUCCCUCGGGAUUGCUGGCCGGCCAGACUGCCAUUGUUACAGGAUCAGGACAAGGAAUCGGCGCCGAAUGCGCCCGCCUGUUCGCCAACGAAGGCGCCAAAGUGAUUGUCUGCGACGUGGACAGCGCCCGAUCCGACGCCAUGGCGAAAACAAUCAACGACGCCGCCCCCAACCGAGCCCUCAGCGUGCCCGGCGACGUCACGGACCCCAACUACAUCAAAGUGCUUGUGAAAAAAGCGGCCGAGUUUGGAAACGGCAAGAUUCAUAUUAUUGUCAACAACGCCGGAUACACGUGGGACGGCGUGAUCCACAAGAUGAACGAUAAGCAAUGGGACACGAUUCUGCAGGUUCAUGCCACGGGACCGUUUAGAUUGAUUCGUGAGGCGGCGCCUUAUUUCCGAGUCAAGGAUGGUGAACCCAGGGUCAUUAUCAAUAUUAGUAGUACGAGCGGGACGCAUGGAAAUGCUGGCCAGGCGAAUUACUCUCUGGCAAAGGCUGGUGUUGUGGGGUUGACGAAGACGAUUGCGAAGGAAUGGGGGCCACAGUUUGGUGUCCGAGCAAACACAAUCGCAUUCGGUCACAUCGAUACCCGUCUGACUCGUGCAAAGGAGGCCGGUGCCUUCAUCACCACGGCCGACGGACAGCGUGUUGCACUGGGAAUCCCGAGCAAGCAGAUUGCUGACCGUCAGGGUUCGGAGGCUUCUCCGUACAAGGAUAUCCCGCUUGGUCGACCGGGCACUGCGACGGAGGCUGCUUCGGCCGUGUUGGCUGUGGUUUCGCCGUUGUUUUCGUAUGUUAACGGUCAGACUAUUGAGGUCACUGGUGGACGAAACAUCUAGACAUCUAAGCGGGGCUUGCUAUUUUCCUGAUAGGGGAGGUGGUGGUUGCCUGCAUUUGAUGCCAAAAAAAGUCAAAUAUAUCUGUCGAAACACUUGGACUUAUAUUCACUUUCUACGUCAGCAGACAGCAGUGCCUAGCCCGAGUUGUAGUCACCAUCCGAGUUACAGUAUCAUCCAUUCGGCAUCUUGGUCAUCAUUGCGGUGCGUACUAUAGUCACAAAAUUAAGGGAAAACAAGCAUAUCGGUGUAAGCGUGCAAGCGAAGGGAGCAGUGGGAGCAGGAAACAUGGCAGGACAUUAGCAUUCUGCUGGCCAGUGACUCGGCUGGAUUGCUAUCAAUAUCAAUGCUCGGCCACUGAAUCAUUGUACUACUAGUAGUCAGACAGGAUGAUGAUGAGACUCUCAUUGUUGCGGGUAUGGGGUACUACUACCCAGGUCUGGGAUAUUGUUCGGCUCGACCUCGG